UAUUCCUGGUUUAAAUUCGCUAUUGGAUGUGGCAUGGCAAGAUGAACGGACGAUUUCAAUGUUAAAAGAAGGAGGUUGGGAGGGAUCUGCUGUCAAACGUAGGGAAGAGUGGCAGGGAGCGAGCCUACCGAAAGAUAAUGAUGAAUUUAAAGGGCGCAGGAGCGGCGGAAACAGGAAAUCCAUUUGAGAUGUGCAGUUGUUGAAAUGCAGUCAGGGUUCUCUUAAGUGGGGGGGACGGCCAGACAAGCUUAACUAGCGGAGGCUGUUUAAAAUGCACGCAUCGUUUUAAUAAAAUUCAAGGACCUGGAAAUAACAUACGUGAACCAUUCUUCGUGCCGCCUGAACAUUAUUUUCUCGACGCAGCUUGAUGCUUAGACCAAUAAAAAAUAACACGACUAAAGAUACCAGACUGAGCCACAACUGUUAUUCACACGUUCGUGUAAUCGGUCUUUUUUCAUUGGUUCAGCAUACUUCCCCCUUGUUUUAGAGGAAGUAAGGUGCAUUAGCAAUAUCGUCUGUGUGUUUUAUUUGAUUUGCUUGCCUUUUUGAUCUUCGGAAACGAAGUUUUACAGAAAUUAGGACCACCGGGGGAAGAGCGGUGAAAUAGAACUGCAGAAAAUGACGGGUAAAUCGGUAAAAGAUAUCGACAGAUACCAGGCUGUCCUCACGUCUCUUCUUUCGCAAGAGGAAAACAAAUACUGCGCCGAUUGUCAAGCCAAAGGUCCUCGAUGGGCUUCCUGGAAUUUGGGGAUCUUUAUCUGUAUCCGCUGUGCUGGAAUCCACCGGAACCUGGGGGUCCACAUCUCCCGGGUCAAAUCCGUCAACCUGGACCAGUGGACUCAGGAGCAGAUCCAGUGUGUCCAGGAGAUGGGGAACGCCAAGGCCAAGCGUCUUUACGAAGCCUUCCUCCCCGAGUGCUUCCAGCGUCCUGAAACGGACCAAUCUGCAGAGGCCUUCAUACGGGACAAGUAUGAGAAAAAGAAGUACAUGGACAAGUGCAUCAACAUCCAGACCUUCAGGAAGGAGAAGAGCAGUGACUCGAUAGCCAAAGAGGUGCCUGUCGUGUUUGAGAAGAUGAAACUGAAGAAGGAUGACUCGCAGCAGGCCAGGCCCAGCCCAGUGAAGCCGAGUCAGCCGGUCACUGACCUGUUAGGACUGGAUGCCCCUCCUCCAGCUGCAGCUGUGACCAAUGGGAAACCCAGCCCAGAGGUCAGCCACUCACUGGACCUCUUCGGAUCCAUGGCCACGCCCUCCUCUGACUCCAGCAAGAGCACGCCCGUCUCCGGGACCAUGCCCACGGGCCGCAUGGCCAGCUCGGUGCCAGAGAACCUCAGCCUGUUCCUGGACCCGGCGCCGAAGCCCGAGGAGAACGGGAAGAAGAUGUCCAAGGACUCCAUCCUGUCCCUGUACGGCACGGUCACGCCGCACGCCAACAGCAUGGCCGCCCACGGUGGUAUGUACAUGGCUCCAGCUCAGAUGGGCUACGCCGCGGCGGGGUACGGCCACUACCAGGCGCUGGCAGCCCAGGGGGGCAUGAUGGGUACCAUGAUGGGCCAGCAGAACGUCCUGCCGCAGCCGGGCAUGUCCGCCGCCUCCCCCUACAUGGCCGGGGUGCAGGGGGGCAUGAUGGGAUUGCAGAACGGCAUGAUGGGAGGGGUGGCGGCCGUACCACAGCAGAUGUAUGGAGUGCAGCAGGCCCAGCAGCUGCAAUGGAAUAUAGCCCAGAUGACUCAGCACAUGGCGGGCAUGAACUUCUACGGAGCGAACAGCAUGAUGGGAUACGGUCAGCACAUGGGCGGAGCUGCGGCACCAGGCUCCGGUCACAUGCUGGGGUCACAUGUCUGGAAAUGAUCCCGGGGAGGGGUGGAGCGAGUGGGUGGGUGGGAGAGGGGGAGGCGGGUUGUCAGGGAAACGGAACGGCCAUCGCAAAACUUCAUCAGACAUUCUGUAAAUUUAAAGAGGGAGGGGGCACUUUCAGAGGGGGAGGGGGGGUGUUCACCCCGUCCCUCUCUCCCUUCCUCCAUAUACUCCUCACAGCCAUUCUCCAGACCUCCAUGCUUGCCUUCUGACAUUGCGUGACCUGGCAGAGGUCAGGGGUCAGGGGUCAGAGGUCACAGGAGGGUGGUCUUCAGUGUUUGGACCAGUUCUAGACCCCAUCACGAUGAGGGCACGCUCCCAUGCAGCAAUGCGUGCUCCUCACCCCUCCAAAAAAAAAAAAAAAAACAUCUAUCCUUUUGCUGUUCACUGCUAUUCAAAUAGUCUAAUAGUCUAUUUCCAUGCUUGUUGGUGUCUGCUCUCUCAAGCCCAAACCAGUUUUUGCGCAGCAGGCAGGACUGCGGGUUGGGCUUUGCAUUAGAUCUCACUGAUAACACAAACAAUGUAGUCUUUCAGGCCUCCAGUGGUCUGCGUUAGACAUCCAGUCCUGUUGUGCCCAGUGUAGUGGAAGGCUUCAUUUUCACUUUCCCUGCUGCGGGCUCAGUCUGCGUGUCCGAUCCAGCUCCAUAUGAGAUGCCACACUGUGUAAAAGCUGCUCUGGAUGCAUGAGUCACUCUGGUGCAUUUGGCUUCUGCGGCGAAACAUCGCUAACAGGGUAUUUGGGUCACGAGUGUGUGGAUGUGAGGCUUAUCUCGAAGGAAGGAGACACGCUGUUGAAGAGGGAAUCCAUGUGUGAGAUUAGGAAAGACCCGCUGUGGCACCGCGUCGCGGCUCCUUGCUUAGCCAGCGUCGGUUCGGCGGGAGUCUCUUUGAACUGUCCGUGGGAAGCUUGCGCCAGUCAGAGACCGUAAAACUUGUAACUGUGCUUCGGGCACAGGAUGCUCCAGUCGAAAGGAGAAGACCGUUCACUCGUUCUUUCGCAAAGGUGUCGUCACAACUCACUGUCACGACAGACCGAGGUUUGUAAAUUCAGAGGCGUUUUUGAAAUGGGUUGCUUUAGUCUAGAGAUGAUUUUCUGUCUAACGUUAUUUAAAACUGCGGAGACGAUUGGAAGCCAAAGAUGUACAAUAGCUUUACAGUAGCCUUAAAUUUCGUGGUCUCUCUACUCCCAGAACCGUUCUUUCGGUUCUUAUAUUCCUGAAGAAGCUAUUGUGUGCCGAAGGCCUCUGAACCACCAGAGGACCAGUGUGACGUGGGAAACAAAUGCUCCAUAGGAUAGUUAUGUACAGUUUAGAUUGGAGUCAUUUCCUCUUAUUCAUUCUACAAUUCAACUGUGGCUGCUUUCUUCAUAGUUUUCUAUUUGCUAUGACCAUGAAAGUCAAAUUUACUAAUGAAUGUUUCAAUCUCUUUGUGUCAUGGCAUGGGUUUACAUCAGGGUAGAAUGAUAAGGUCAAAUGAAUAAAAUCCCUUAUCCCUGAAAUGUCUUUAUAGGCAAUUGGUCUGAUAUUUAUGACAGAGUCAGAUUGCAGAGAGGGUAUGAGAUCAGAGCAGCUGAGAGGGCAGGAAGUGAGGUCACAUCCUCCCCUGGCAGUUGUCCUAAUGUGAGAAUCCUAGAGACUGGUGGAAAAUUUAAUGUGGGGAGUCUUAAAAACUGUAAACUGCUAAAUGUACUAAAUCAGUUUUUGAUUGCUUAGUUUGAUUUAAAAAUGUAAUCAUAACAGACUAACAGCAGUAUAACACAGUGAAGGAGUCUGGGAUUCAUUAAAUCACCUUCAUUGUAAGAAAGCAAUGGGAGACCAGUCUUAACACCUGUUUGUGCUUGUUGAUGUUAUCAUGUGUAAGUGCAGGAAAAGCCAGUAUGUGAGAUACACUGAAGGAAGGGUUACGGAUGUUCUGUAUAAACUGUCAUACUCUUGUUAACCAAUCAAAGACAGGUUCAGGAAUAGAAGCGGCUUCAAGCUGUGGUUCUUAUCAAAGGGUUCCGCCCUCCACUGAGAUGCAGAGAGAA